AUGGCAAAGACAGUGGCGGCACCGAAAGGAGUCUGUUUUCGUGGAACUAGAAAGAAAUUAAUGGUGGACAUGCCUCUGCAUGCACGCUCCAUCACGUACGAGGUUCAAAGCAACAGAUUCAAGGCUCUUCGACCUGUUGGGGUGGCCAGAAUCGCACUUUCCGAUUUUCUUACGCCGGAAAAUUCUGUGCACGUCUUUAGUUACCGGUUGAGGGACUGGGAAGGGAAGAGAAACGGGGUGAUCUAUUUCGCGGUUAGAGUGGCGGUUCCGGAACCGCUGAAGGGGAUGGUGGUGAGUAAGAAUUCCGGCGAUGAGUUCGUGGAAAUUGAACAUUCUGAUGAAGUUGUUGUUGGUGUUUAUCAAGAAUUGAAUGAUGAACUCUUACAAAGAUUAAGGUCUACAUAG